UCAAAGGUUGCCCAUAAUUAGACUAUACAAAUCAUUCUGCUUAAUAUUGCAGGGUUUCUAGAUAGAUGCAAAAAGUGAAACCUAUCAAUUAGUGUAUGGUUUUGUAGUAGGUCUUGCUUUUUUAUUCGAUACAAAUGAAUCCGACGAUACACAUUACUGCGAUAGAAAACGACGAUCGUCGGAAGUCAACUUUCUACAUAUCACUGAAAGCUGAUAGCAUCAGUUCUGCGAGAAUAGAUACAAAGCUUCCUUUCAUAAAAAAUAUGCAACUAUGCUCCUCUGUGGCUGAAUUGAAUGAACGUUCAAUGGAGACUGUUUGCAUAGAUCAGCCAAGCCAAGAUGACUCCAUCCGCACCUCUAGAAUGAAGCGAUAUGGCGUUGUACUCAAUGCGAAUUCUAAUAACCUAACAGAUCGUGAAAAUACCACUGCAUGGAGGAGCAAUAUUGAAACACCUAUAGCAAAGGAAAAAGUAAUGUCAGAUCCAACAAGCUCUAAGGCUAUUUUCGAUUCGUCGAAGGUUCCAAUCACUUUGUUGCCAACCGUUGGAACGGGAACUGUCCAUAGUAACUCUUCUACUUUAUCUUCGGAAUGCACAUUGCAGUCUUCUGGAACAACAAAAAAGUCAAUUAACUUCAUUCGACGAUCUUCAUCAAUUAAACUAUAUAGACACAAUUCUUUAAUGAAAACAAUUACCCCAAAAUGUGCCAUAAGUAGCUUUGAUGUAUGUCAAGCAAAUGUGCCAGUGAAAGCACUAGAUACCAAGCAACUUUCCAAAUUCCUGUCGGAUAGAACUGCGAAUGAUUCUAUUCUGCGUGCCAUACUCAGCCGAGACGAAAAUGAAAUCCAAUUGAAAACCUCACCAAAUGCAGAUGGAUCAGACGAAGUGCUUUGUCUUCAAAGUUCAGCUCUUACACUACCAGCAAGAGACAAAAAAAGAGUAUGUUCAUCAUCAUUAUCAAACUUUUUUUUAAAGCGCUCGUUUCGAUCAACCCCUUUAAAGCGAACCAAAUCUGUUACGAAAGUAAAUGUAUCUACGUGCGAAACAGACGACCUACGCCUUUCACGAUCUCAUGAAAAUUUGCUUUCCAAUCAUGUAUCUUUAUCGUCAAUUGACUAUCCAAAUAGGGGUACAAUUAGUAUUCUUCCUGUUCAUGCAUCGCUCCUUGGACACCGCCAUGGCUUCCAAAUUUAUAGUGAUUCAUGCGGUGUUAAACAUUACACGUGCAAGUCACGCCAAGAACGGGAUCUGUGGUUACACGGUUUACGUAAAAUGCUUAUUCCUAACAAUAUCAAUACACUGCGAAAGGAUAAUUCCCUUAAAAUAUGGAUUUAUGAAGCCAAGUCACUGCCGUCCAAAAAACGUUAUUUUUGUGAGAUAUAUCUGGACAAUGUUUUGUAUGGGCGCACUUCUUCCAAACUCAACAAAGAUAUAUUAUUUUGGGGUGAAUGUUUGGAAUUUCUUGAUAUACCUAAACCAAAAAUUAUCAAGAUAAAUGUGUAUUGCGAAGCUGAUAAAAAAAAGCGGCGCGACAAUUUUUUACUGAUUGGAUCGGUUAGUAUUCGUAUUCAAGAUGUAAUGCCGCAUGGUUUAUGCGAAGAUUGGUAUCCCAUUCUGGCGGAAAAGAUGGAGGGUAUACGCAAACGCUCUUCUAAACAAUCUCAAUCCACUAUAAGAAUAAAGUGCCGAUUCCAAUCGCUUACCAUACUGCCAAUAAAUGAAUAUCAAGAAUUUUUAACAUAUCUCAAAGAAAACUAUGUAAAACUAUGCGAAUUAAUUGAACCUGUUAUAGGAGUUAAAGCUAAAGAAGAGAUUGGGCAAGCUUUGGUGUUGGUGAUGCACUCACAAAACAUGGUACCUACUUUCCUUGCUGACGUAGUCGCUUUGGAUUUGUUACGAGUCGAUGAUCAACGGCUUACGUUUCGUGGAAACUCUCUAGCAACUAAAAGCAUGGAAGCAUUCUUGAAACUGUGUGGAGAACAAUAUUUACAAGAUACUUUAUUUGCACCGAUUGUAAAAAUCAUUGACUCUGGACGAGACUGUGAAGUAGAUCCCAUGAAGACCGAUGGGAUGCUAUUAAAACAACAGCAGGAAUUGCGUAGCACUGUUGAAAUGAUAUGGAAAGCCAUUUUAAGCAGUAUUGAUUUUUUUCCAUUGGAAUUGCGAGUUUGUUUUUCGACCUUUCGCGAUCGUUUAAAAACAUUAGGACGAGAAGAUAUUGCAGAUAAUUUAAUUAGUGCUUCAUUAUUUCUGCGAUUCCUUUGUCCAGCCAUUCUUUCGCCAAGUCUGUUCAACAUAACGAAUGAGAUGCCUUCAGCCCUUUCCACAAGAAAUUUGACGUUGGUUGCAAAAACUUUGCAAACGCUAGCCAAUUUUACACGCUUUCAGGGAAAGGAAUAUUUCAUGGAAUUCUUAAACAGUUUUGUAGAGGAAGAAGCUCCACGAAUGAAACAAUUUUUAUCUGACAUUUCGAGUCUUCAAGUGAAUCCUGAGAAUAAGAGCACUCUCGAUUGGUCACAGCACAUCGAUCAAGGCAAACAUUUGGCUAUUCUUCAUAGUUUACUGCCAGAAACACUAGCAAAACUAACUAAAGAUAAAUGUGAAGAAUUGUCUCCUCUUGCAACCAUUCUGAAGGCAUUAUCAAGUGUCACGGAAUCUGAAAAAAUAUUAAGUCAUUCAGAGAGACUUAAUAAACAUGAACAUUCUUUGAUUAGCACAGCAAAUGGGUUUGAUCAACAAAUGUUUGAAAAAAAAAUACAAAAGCAGGAGAGUUCAAUGUUGCAUAACAGAAUGAAAUUAAUGCUACAUAAUUCAUAUGACAGUCUUCAUUGUGUAAAUCCUCCUAUCGGCAAAGACCGAGCCGAGAAUUAUCAAGUACAAAACCUAGAUAUCCUGGAAAAGAAACAUCAAGAAGAGAGACAAGCAAAUGUUAAUAUAAAUCAGAACAAACGUGCUUCCACUCUGCCACGCAAAAUAAAUGGUCAUUCUGCUAACUCAUUUCUAAAACGAGAAGAACUAGAGCAUUACAACUCAUAUCCAGAACAUACAAAUGAAAUCAUCACAUUAGAUAAACAUUUUAAAAGUGGAUUAUCUUUAGAUGAUACAUUGAGUCGCAAAUUUUCAGCUACAACUUCACUGACGGGAGAACCCUUGAACAUUAUAGAAAAUAAAGUUGGUUGUGCGUCCCUUUGGAACGCGGCUGCCAAGUCACAAGCAAUGGAAGACAAUGAAUCGAAUCCUUCUAACAUGCCAAUGUGCCUGGAGGAUCUGCAAGAUUUAUUUAAUUAUGCUGAUGAACAGCACGUUCUUGAAAAUAAUAGUGCCACUUGGAAUGGCUCCAACAGCGACUAUAAAGGGUCAACUGCAAAUGACAUUAAUAUCAAACAUGGAGCAUGCGAUAAAGCGGGUUCAGAAAAUAUCCCUUUUAAUAAUGUAUUUUCGGAAUGUUACGCAGCGCAAUUGAAUUAUAAGCAACUAACAAGAAAUGCGAACAAUGUUCGUAAAAUUUCCACAUUUUUUUCCUCAGACUGUACUAUAAACGAACCCAAAUUUAAUGAAAAAAAUAACAACUCUUUAAAAAUUUACACGGAUUCAUACCGAACAGAUCAAUCGAUUGAAGAGCCUGCUAACAUGCUGCAUUCGCAUAUCUUUAAAGAAAAACGAAAGAAAUGGAAUUUUUAUCCAGGAGUGCGAGUAGACAAAUCCGUUGAUAUUAACGAAAUAAGUAGAAACCAAGAAAAUGGAGGGCAUAGAGAUGUCAUCCCAAUAGCAUGUCAAUUUGCGGGGAGUGAGGGUAUCAAUAAUUUCAGCAUGAAAGUCGAUAAUGAGUUGAACUGUACGUAUAAUGCUGCAAUAGGAACAAUUUCUGUUAGAAAUAUCGAGCCUAGUGAUUCUAGAUCUAUGCUUAAACAAGCGACGGUUUAUUCAAAUGGAAUUAGAAGAUGUGAUAUACCAACAACAAACCCGAUGAUGCAGUACAAACAAGAUGAAUGUUUAGAAAUGCGAAACAAUAACUAUGAUGAACAGGAGUAUCUGCGACACACAUCGCAUAGUUCUGUACGAUCAUUGUCAGAAUGCUUUAGCGAUACUGAAUAUCGCUAUAACUCCUCUCUGGGAGUUCAUCAAUAUAUUAAGUGUUCGAGACAAAGCAAUAAUAGGAAUAAUAAUAGCAAACCUAUAGAGGAACAUACAAUAAGUAAUCAUAUGAUAUCAAAUAACAUCCAAUCGGUUGAACAAUGUGAGCGAGAGAUUAAACGUUUACAUGCGGCGUUAGAUGCGACAUUAGAAACGUCUGAAUUCAAACAUGAACUUCGGACCGAUUUGACAAAUAUCACGAAUGGCAAUAACACCAUUGUAGGUGGGAUUAUUAAAAGGUUGCUGAUCAUGGAGGAGGAGCUACGUAGGGAACAACAAACAAUGUAUCUGGCUUUAUCGCAAAAACAACGUGUGAUAGAAGCUCAGUGCGAACAGAUUGCAGCUUUAGAUGCUGCUAAUAAUAGACUUCUAACAGCUCUCUCUAGUAUACAAAAGAAAUAUCGAACCGAUAGUACGCAGACCGGAAAGUAUUUAAUACCUCAUAAUAACUUCAGCGAAACAAAUUAGCGAAACAAAUUACAUUUAUUUUAACAAUAAA